CCACCGCUGGGGCUGUGUCGCUGCCGGCGCCUCGUUGCUCAUUGGCUGGGAGCCGGCGGACUCGGCCGCGAGCCACAGGCAGGGGACGGGAGGGGGGCGUUGGCGAUCGCUACGGCGGCUGCCGUAGGCCAAGCGCGUGGUUCCGCGAAGCGGCUAGCGGCCGGCAUGGAGCUGGAGGGAUGCAAGGAGGCCGGGGGCUGCGCGGAGGCGGCGGGCGCGCCCGUCUUCACCCUGGAGGAGGUGGCGAGGCGGAACUGCAGCCGCGAGGCCUGGCUGGUCAUCCACGGGCGGGUCUACGAUGUCACCCGCUUCCUGGAGGAGCAUCCAGGUGGAGAAGAGGUUUUGCUCGAACAGGCUGGUAGAGAUGCCACAGAGAGCUUUGAAGAUGUUGGGCAUUCCACGGAUGCCCGGGAAAUGCUCAAGCAGUACUACAUAGGAGAGAUCCACCCGCAUGACCGUAAAAAUGAAGGUUCUAAGGACCCAAAUGUGACAUCCUCAGGCCAAGCAAGUUUCUGGUCAACAUGGCUAAUCCCCAUCUUCGGAGCGCUGGUCAUAGGUUUAAUGUAUCGGUAUUACAUGUUGGAUGGGAGAUCCUCUUGAACUGCCCGUGCUGGAACCUUGGAAAGCCUGAAAGCGAGAGUGUGUGCAUGCACCACGUGGAAUUCUGGUUUCCAUAACCUUUUAUGCUUUGCUUUUAGCUUUGAGUCUGUAAAGUGAUGUUGAUAUCCAUGGACCAAGCUAAUACCAAACUCUGUCUAUCCCAGCUCUGGGACAAGCAGACCUUGUCUUACAUUCCCUUCGCUCUGUGGCAGGGCAAGUGCAGCUUCCUGUUACUCCUUUACGUCUGUGUGUGGUCUCCCUCGCGUGUGCGUGCCCGCGCACGCCCUCGCGCUCUCUCUGUGCAGUAAAACACAGAUAACCUUCUUCUUUCAAUGCCUUUUUUGUUAAGCCAGACAGACAACAUGAAACAGCUGCUAGUGAGCCUGUGGAUUGCCUCAGUCUUUCACAUAGCGUUGUAGGAAAUAAACUGCAAGUUGUCUACAGUCCUUUCCAGAAAAGAUGUCUGGAGAUCCAGUACCACAGUGGCUUCCCCAGUGCAUGCAGGCAACACUAACUGGAGCAGCAGGAAAUUGUUAGCUUUGCUACCUCUUUCUGUACGUGUCUGUUUUUAACGGUUAAACAAAUAUAAGUAUUUUAAAAGCGAUUCGGUUCAUUUUGUAAUAUUUGUACUUGUCCCUUUAACAUGUAUAUUCUAUGAAACAAUUUAUACCUUGGA